CCUCUGAUGUAAAAAUGUUUCGUCGUCAUUUUAUGAUUGACGUUUCUCAAUGGCCAAUUCAGAAAGUUUCUUAAUGAUUUUUAUUAUUAACAGUAAUGUGUAUCGUUUACCAAAAUGUGAGUUUAUUCUCUGAAAAGUGGAAUUUUGAAUAAUCAAGAGUCCCGUUCCUCAGUGAUUUACGUUGAAUAACUCGUCUAAAACGCGUCAAAGUACGUCGGAUUCUGUGACAUGGGAAAAUGUUUGUUUGCAGUUUCGAAAACAGAAAAUCUUUCGCAUGCGAGUGCUGAAACCCGGUGAUAACUGCGGGAUUUAUUGAAAAUACUGGAGAGUUUCAACAUGCUCCGAAGUUAUUGGACUAUUUGCAAUGUGCUGUUCUUUUUCAUUUGCUUACAGUUCCAUGAAGUGUGGCCGUUGAAAUGUAAAUGUGAUAUGUGCAAAACCACGAACUAUACGUGCGAGACCGACGGAUUUUGCUUUACGUCAGUGCAGAAAAAGAAAAACUCAGAGGAACUUAUUUACAAUUAUCGAUGUUUCCGUCCAGAAGCGUUUCCAGAACUGAUUGAUCUAAGUAGCAGACAUGAAGAAUAUUGUAACGAAACAAAAGAAAAUAUUGGCGAUGUCUUAUUUUCGAUAACAGCUUGUUGUCGGAAUGACGACUUUUGUAACGAUGAACAAAUUUCUUUUCCUAGACCGACUAGAGAUCCACAAGCAUCCGAAGGGUCAUAUUUGACCUCCCUCGAGAUUGCCAUGUGCAUCAUGGUACCCACAUUGAUUGUCUGCUUGAUAGUUAUCAUUUACUAUUACUUGAAAACUGCUAAUCACAAGAAACGAGGCCUUCAUCAUCACCUGCGCCAUGGAGAUGACAGUAUUGAAGAUCCUGAUCAUCCAAUCUUGAGCAAAGGUGUCAGUCUGAAAUACAUGAUUGAAAUGACCACUAGUGGAAGUGGUUCUGGUUUACCUCUUCUUGUACAGCGUUCGAUAGCCAGACAAAUCCAACUUAUUGACAUUAUAGGACAGGGACGUUUCGGCGAGGUAUGGAGAGGCCGAUGGAGAGGUGAAAAUGUAGCUGUAAAGAUUUUCAGCUCGCGUGAGGAGCGCUCAUGGUUUCGUGAAGCUGAAAUUUACCAAACGGUCAUGCUGAGGCAUGAAAACAUUUUAGGAUUCAUUGCUGCUGACAACAAAGAUAACGGCACAUGGACACAGUUGUGGCUGAUCACAGACUAUCAUGAGCAUGGGUCUCUGUUCGACUUUUUGGGAAGAAACACAUUGGAUUCAAAGAACAUGAUUCGCAUGGCUCUUUCGAUUGCAACUGGUUUGGCCCAUCUUCAUAUGGAUAUUAUGGGAACCCAAGGAAAACCUGCUAUCGCUCAUCGAGACUUGAAGUCAAAAAACAUCUUAGUGAAAUCCAAUGUCACGUGUGCAAUAGGCGAUCUUGGAUUGGCAGUGAGGCACGAUGUUACGAACGAUACGGUUGACAUACCUUUGAAUAACAGAGUGGGCACUAAGCGGUACAUGGCCCCAGAGGUGUUGGAUGAGACAAUGAACAUUGAUCAGUUCGAUUCCUUUAAGCGAGCUGAUGUCUACGCCUUGGGACUGAUUUUCUGGGAAAUUGCUCGGAGAUGCAACGUAGGUGGCAUCUUUGACGAUUACCAGUUACCUUUCUACGAUGCAGUACCUCCAGAUCCGACUAUAGAAGAGAUGCGACGGGUGGUUUGUUUCGAUAGGCAGCGACCAAAUAUUCAAAAUCGAUGGCAAUCUUGCCCAGCACUCCAUGUCAUGUCCAAGCUGAUGAAGGAGUGUUGGUAUCAUAACGCCACUGCACGACUCACUGCUCUCCGGAUAAAAAAGACUCUGUCUAAUUUUAAGACUGCUGAUGAACUUCAAAUGUAGACAGUUACUUGAUCUUUAUUAUCAGGGACGUUUCAGGUGUUAUGCAUGUUUCGAUUGUGUGAAAUGAUGAAAUUAUUAAUUUUAAAUCUUCCGUUAUAAAUACUGUAAACUAUUUAGUAGGUACGUAAUAUUAUUAAACGUUAGUCCUUUUUUCUCAGUGAUUUUUAGGAGUAUUACAUAGGUGUUUUUUUGAAAUCAAUUCAAACAAGAGCGCUUUACUUGGCUGCCAGGAAUGUAUUAAUCUGAAAGUUAUUUAUACAAGUAUUUAUUAGAAAUACAUAAGCUGUUCAGAGGUUUUAACUUGUUCACAUUAAUGCAUUCCACGCAUCAAAUAAUAGAUAAUAUUUGUCGUCAAUCAUCUUUUCGAAAAGUAUUAUUAAAUUUUUCUGAACGUUUGAGACAAGAAAUAUUCCACUGCCCGUUGAAAGAAAUCGAUUCAUUUACAAAUCCAAUUCAUUCCGUACUGUAGACUUGUACCAAAUAUUAUGAUUUACAGUUGAUAAUAAUUGUUAGACAUAUUUUCCAUAGACUUUAUAAAUUACCUAUUUUGUUUUAUAGUUUCUAGCUUCUCUUUAUUGAGGUUAGUUCUUCGUGCUUAGUCACAAUCGCGUUCUAUCACAAAACCGGAAGGUAAAGUCGAUAGUCAUGUUGGUUGUUUGGUCCCCCAAUUUUUUACGGAACAGACCUCAUCUCAAAUUCACUUAAACAGUGUUCGGAAAACCUAGUUUCCUGGCGGAAAAAACGGUUCAGUUUCCUAUCAAACUAAACGUUGCGAUAUAUUGUGUGCCAAAAACUCUAUAUGAAUAACCGGUAAAUUUCUAGUGAUACUGAUCUGCUACAAUCCGGGAAAUUGGGUUUCGAUUAUUCUGUUUCCGCUUGCCAAAYUCUUGCAAUAAAUAGUGUCAAUUUUACCUGGUUUCAUUACAUAGUGUAAAACUUUUUUCCGAUAUGUUUUAUAUCAGUUGUAUAAGAAAGUUUUGCAUUUAAGCAGGGGAUUUGGUACAUAUUCUAAUAAACUUCUGCCAUAGUUUUAGUCUUAAAUUCUUUACCUAUUGUACAUUGGAUUUUGUUAUGUUGUAUUUGUAUCGCACAUAUUCUAAAUUUUAUCGAUACGGUAAAAUUGAAAAAACAAAGUGUUUUUUCAAUUCACCCCUAGUCAUUAAUUAAAUCAUAUUAUCCAGUUUUUUUAUCAUGUACAUUGUGCUAAAUUUCUCAGUAUGCUAAAAGUUGAAAUAUUCAUGUAUUGUACAAUGUACCAAUUUUAGUCAUGAAUGUGUGAAUGUUACUUGUAAGUUCCUAAAGAGAAAUGAGCGUAAUGUUGACAGUAAUCAAGCAUACUAAAUAUGUUUCUACCAGGGCUUUUUCAUACUUUAUUGGGGUCACUAGUUUGCUGUUCUCUGGUUCCAAAAAAGGCUGAUUAGCAAAACAAUCUGGUGCUUAUAGAUAGAUGUUCGGAUAGGAUUUAGGACAAAAUUAGGAAAUUGCUCCAGAGACCAGUCAAACGUUGAAUGGAUGUAAGCUAUUACUUUAUAGGAUCGUGUGUAAUUUAUAUUCUUCACAUCUAUUCUACUGCAUCGGCGUAGUCAACCCAAAUCGACAAAAUAAAGUGCAAUUUAACAAGUGGCGGUUUGCUAAAAAAUUUUACUAAAAUAGUUGUUGAGAUCUUACUGGGAAAACCAUAAUAAUAAAAUAAUAGUAAUAAUAAUAAUAAUAAGAUAUUUUAACCAGUUUGAAAAUAUAUUUACUACAUGUAUGUAUAUGAACAAGACUGAUUCAACAAAACGGUUUUAAGUUUUUUCGAAAAUGCCUAGUGUUCCUCGGAGAGUAGAUUUGAGUGCACGCAAAACACAUGAUUGAACAUAAUUUAAAGAAAAAUAUAUGAAAUUUUGGCCUAAUUGUAAUUUAAAUAACGACGAAACAAGAAAUGUCAUUGUGUCGUUGAAUUUUAUUGUUCUCUACUUGCCCUUUUUUGCUGUAAAUACCUAGUGGAAAAUCUAGUAAAAAAAUGCUUUGUAGAUGGCCGUCAUUGAAGGUAUAAGAACCUAUUUUUGAUUGAUUAACAAUAGCGCUGUUCUCAAAAUGGUACAAAUUCAAUGUCAAGAGUUAUAUAAAGAAAAAACAUAAUUUUUGCCCAAGUGCCGACCAAAGAACAUGGUUUUGUUUUUCGGGGUUUCAACAUACAAUGCAUUAUCAUUUGAUUAAUUCCGUUCGAUUGACAAUAGUUAGAAAAUACAAACAAAAUCAAGUUCUUGCUUGACUGGCGAAAAAUGAAGUUGCAACAAAGAAUAGAAAUAUGAAGUAAUACAAAUUUCCUCAGGACAACCUAGAUGUACACACAAACGCAAUAGAUUUAAUAGACCUAUAGGCUAGGCAGGAGUUAGAAUUUCUACUUUUGUUCAAUUCAAUUUACUAUUGGUAAUUAAAUGUUUGCAUGGUGGAAAUUUCUAUUCUUGUAAGUAGAGUUGUAAAAAUUAAGAAUACGAAGUAUAGAAGUAGAGCCGGGCUCGAUAUCCAUAUAAUCAAUAUGGACUUUAGCUGAGACGUUGGGUGUUUUUUACUAAUUUAUGUUUUUUGAAAGCUUUUAUUAUUAUUAUUAUUAUUAUUCUUGUUGCUAAAACUAUGUCAUGUAAUAUAUAAACUGUUCCUUGCAUUUUCACUUUUCAAUAUUUUUUUUGUAAUGCUUCACAACAUUUCAAUUACUAUCACAUGAUAUGAACAGAUCUUGAUAUAUUAUAUGAGCAUUAAACAUGUUAAGUAAUUUAUUUGCAAUUUAAUUGCAAUGGUUGUUCGAAAUGCAAUCUUUGAGAGCAGAUCCAAUUAAGGGUAAAUAUAUAAGAGUUAUUGUUUUUGUUUAUUUUUAUGUACAGUUGUUUCAGUUGAAAGCUUAGAAACUUAGAUUAAUAUGACUUAUUAUAUAAAAUGUAAACAUUCUUGCAAAUAUAUUAAUACUUCCAACCUC